GGCAGUCUCUACCUGACUCCCUCAUCCCACCCAGCCUUGUUUACAAUGGCCGCAGCUCUCUUGAAGUCGUCGACGAGUGCUCUUGCUCUUGCGAUCCUAGGUGCCGCACGGUCUGCAUUAGAUCCAACGCUCAAGAAAGGCGUAGAACUUGCGUGCUUGGCAUGCAGAUUCUUUGUCGUUGAGUACGUUCCGAUGAAAAUGAUCUCGCAGCUGCGGUGGGGUGACAAACCUCGUUCCAUAUCGCGCGCACCGCAGAACCCUCAAGAACAUCCGACACGGUCGUCUCCUCAUCGUCUGCCCCGGCGUACCACACUCGCGAUUCUUCAAGGAAGGUUGUCACCUUGCGUUUCCUGCAGAUAGCCGGUCGAGAUCGACUGGGCACAAGACUGCCACCAUCACGGUCAAGGAUCCGGUGUUUUGGCUGCGCCUCGCCACGCAAGGGGACCUCGGUUUCGCAGAGGCGUUCAUGUAUGGGGAGGUCGACUGCACAGACUUGACUGCACUAUUCCAGGUACUAUUGGACAACCGCUCUUGCCUCUCCGAGAUCGACACCCUGCUUGCCAAGGCCUCUCGUGUGGUCGAGCGCUUUCUCGCCUCUCAUCUGGUCAACAACCUCGCGAAUGCGCGCCAGAACAUCAGCGCGCACUAUGACAUCAGCAACGAGAUGUUCAUGGCAUUCUUGUCCGGAGAUAUGACCUACUCGUGCGCCAUCUUCCCUGAGCUGGACGCCGAUCUCCGCGAACCAUUGCAGUCAAGAAUCGACACCGACUCUUCCUCGAGCGGCCCGAGCACGUACGACUCAAGUGGUACUUUAUCGGCCAGCGACGAUAGUAUAGCAAGCGACAUCAAGAUCGCCCAAGCCAGCACGAGGGUCUCCGAUGUGGGCACCAGGCGCGCCAGGGACAAGGACGACGACGCCGAGCUGUGCGACGCGCAGAUCAGGAAGAUGCUGCAUAUAGUGAAGCGUGCGGAUAUCAGGCCGGGCCACAGGGUCCUCGAGAUCGGUACUGGCUGGGGAUCCAUGGCUAUCUGCAUGGCGCAGGCCUUCCCCGGCGUGAUCGUCGACACGCUCACGCUCUCCGAGGAACAGGCGUACCUUGCACGGCAGCGCGUAGCCGAUAUCGGCCUCGGCAUGCGCCUCUUGCGCGUGCACUGUAUGGACUACAGGAGCAUGCCGCCAGAGUGGAAGGGCGUGUUUGACCGGGUGGUCAGCGUGGAGAUGGUUGAGGCUGUCGGCUAUGAGUUCCUAGAGACGUACUGGUCCCAGAUCGAUUGGGCAUUGAAGGACACUGGCGUCGGAGUGGUGCAAGGGAUCACUCUACCCGAAGCGCGAUUUGACGCGUACGUCCGCGACACGGACUUCAUACGGAAAUGGGUGCUCUUCCCCGGAGGUUUCUUGCCCACACUCACGUUGCUCACCUCUACGAUGUCCAGUGGAAGCAAGGGAAGACUUGUCGUGGAGUCCGUUGAUAAUAUUGGGCCUCACUACGCUCGUACGCUUCGGGAGUGGAGGCGCCGGUUCGAGAAUCGGUUUGAUACGGAGAUUAUCCCUGCUCUGCGGAAGCAGUACCCCGACGUCUUAGGUUAUGGUGGACCGGAGAGCCUGGAUGAGAUUGAGGUCUUCCGCAGAAAAUGGGUGUACUACUUUGCUUACUGUGAGAUAGGCUUUGCAAGUCGCAGCUUGGGCGACCAUAUCGUCACCUUCACGAGGGAGGGAAAUGUGGAAUAUGGUUGUCAGGUCCUGGGGACCGAUGCGGACGUCGAAUGAUGAGGCAUGUGUGUGAGUAAAGUAUAGCACGGUCGGAGCACAAAUGCAACAACUGCGUCCCAGAGGACUCCUCUCCAUAUGAUGCCGACAAGCUCUUCGAAAGCGGUAGCUGAAAAUGCAUCACCACUGCGAAACUUGCAGUACUUCGUUGUUACUCCCUGCAAGCGAAAGUGGUGUCGGAUCGCCAUGCAUUAUACUGGCCACUCAGCAGAGUCCGCGCAGUGGCACACGGACGUCACACGAGCUGUGCUUGCAUGUCGCCGACACCUGAUAGUAUCAGCAUCAGGCAGAGUGUUCUUGGCUGAGAACAAAGAAUACUGGACAGCUGAAGAGCCCGUUGCGACGGCGUGUGCGAGUUCGACAGCCCACUGCCGUCAACUACCACCGCCCUACGACUGCGUAUCAUGGUCUAUUAUGGUCCGGUGUGCCAGGUUUGCCUGAUCUUC